UGGAAGCCCAUCAGGUAAUACUGAUUAUGGCUUUCAUCAGCUGGGCGUUGCUGCUCUUUCUUGCACAGCUCCACGCACUACAUUUCACCUCUAGGGCGCACCGUGCAGAUGGUGGUGGUAACCUCACUCACCUCCCUGCUCCUUUUUUGUGUCAUCUAGACCAAGCUAAGGCGCUCCUCCAGCUGAAGAAUUCCUUCUUCUUUGGUAGAUCCACCACCACGCUUCCAUCUUGGCAAGAUGGCACCGACUGCUGUCUCUGGGAGGGUGUUGGUUGCGACUCCUCUGGUAAUGUCACUGUGCUCGAUCUCAACAACCGUGGCUUGUCCAGUUACAGCUUGGAUCCCUCAGUAUUUAGCAUUACAUCCCUUCGGUAUCUCGACCUUAGCCAGAACGAUUUCAGUGGAGGCCGCUGGGCUAUCAGAAGGACAGUGUGGUCAGAGAACAUCCCUGCAACAGGAUUUGAAAACCUAGAUUUGCUUACCCACCUAAAUCUUUCCAAUUCGGCCUUGUAUGGCCAGGUACCUAUUGGCAUCGGUAGACUCGUAAACCUUAUCUCCUUGGACCUUUCCGGUGAUUGUUAUAAUGGUAUUAGAGAUAUGAACACUUGUAACGGACUGGGGGUACCCAAUUUUGAUACCCUACUGUCAAACCUUAGCAGUCUAAGAGAGCUCUACCUUGAUGGAGUUGAUUUGUCAAGUAGUGGAGCAGGGUGGUGCACAUCUCUUGCUACAUCUGUUCCUCAUCUUGAAGUACUUAGUUUAGCUGAUUGUGGACUGAGUGGUUCUAUUCAUAAAACACUCUCGAGAAUUCAAUCUCUCACUGUGAUCAACCUCCAACAAAACCAUGAUAUACCUCCCAAUCGAUUUCCUGAGUUCUUCAUGGAUUUUAUCAAUUUAACCGAGCUUCGACUUUCUCACAUAAAUUUUGAGGGGUGGUUCCCCUCAAGAACCUUCCAAUCGAAAAAUCUUAGAGUCCUCGAUUUGUCCAAUAAUCCGGAUCUCUCGGGGCAUGUGCCAAACUUUUCUAAUGCAAGCUGUCUAGAGACUUUGAGACUACAUGGAACUAACUUUUCAUCUCUUAAACUAACGUCUUAUAGCAGUUUCAAGUCAUUGAAGGAUUUAAGUCUUGAUGGGAAUUUGAUAUUCGUGGAGUAUCUCUCUUCACUAGGCAGUCUUGGGUCCCUAUUCCAGCUGGGCCUGGUGCUGGAGUCAGCAAGUCAGUUAAAACCAAUUUUCUCGUGGAUUGGAGACCACAAGAACUUGACGAGUUUGACACUUGUUGGAUGCAACUUCUCUAUGACAGCUCCUUCCUCAGUGGGCAACUUCAGGUUCUUGAGAAGCUUGAAUAUGGUAGAAUGCAACCUUCCUAGGACAAUACUUUCUGCAAUUGGCAACCUAAUGGACUUGCAAACACUGGAAAUUGUUAGUUGCACAACACAUGGUUCAUUGUCAUCUUCUUUUGGCAACCUAAAAAAUUUGAGAAACAUCUAUAUAGAUCUUUGUGCUCUUUCAGGGCCAAUGCCAGCAGCAAUUGGCAACCUCACAAAUUUGAGGAACGUGCUCAUUAUUGAUGGUGGGUUUUCAGGCACAAUGCCGUCUGCAAUUGGGAGACUGACUAACUUGAAAACCCUAGAAAUCCAUGAUGCUUAUAUCGGGACAAUACCAUAUGCAAUCGGGCAGCUGAAACAAUUGACAUGGUUAGAUCUUGCAGGUUGCAACUUUUCUGGGAGCAUACCAAGUUCAGUUUUUAAUUUGACCAAGUUAACAAAACUGGAUCUUUCAUAUAAUUCUCUCCGUGGGGAAAUUCUGCCGUCUAUUUACACUCUUCCAGUAUUACAUGACUUGGAUCUUUCUUGGAACCAGCUUUAUGGCCCAAUACGAGAGUUCAACAAGGUACCUCCAUGGUUGGUAUCAUUGGACUUGAGCAGAAAUGAAUUGUCAGGUCCUAUCCCGAAGACAAUCGUUCAACUAACAAGACUGGCACAUCUAGAUGUUAGCUAGCUUAAACAAUUUGACAGGUUUGGCGGAGCUUACCUCAUUUUGCAGAUUAAGAAAUCUUGUCAGUUUGCAUCUUUCUGACAAUAAAUUACUUGUUGUGGAUGGAGAAGGUAACAAUCCUUUAUCCGCAUGUCUGUCUGGACCUACAGAAUUAGGGCUUGCGUCUUGCAAUAUGGCACAAUUUCCCAGAUCUUUGACACAUAAGCAGAUAUCUUAUUUGGAUCUUUCUCGUAAUAAAAUCAAUGGGGCCGUACCAAAGCAUGUAUGGGAGACAUGGAGUAGUAGCCUUCGGUAUUUAAAUCUUUCACAUAACAUGUUCACUAAUAUUCAACCUACUUCAGGGGUUUUCCCUUUCAACAAUCUAUUGGACACUCUCGAUCUUAGCUUCAAUAGACUUCAGGGGCGGAUCCCCAUGCCAAAAUCAUCAGCAACAUACUUGGAUUAUUCAAAUAAUAGAUUCUCUUCUGUUCUUCCAAACUUCACUUCAUAUAUUAGGUACACCAGUUAUCUCAGCAUGUCAAAAAAUUUAUUAAAUGGCCACAUAUCUUAUUCAAUUUGCAAUUCCACACUGGAAGUCCUUGACCUAUCACAUAACAACUUUAGUGGCCCAAUUCCAUCUUGUCUAAUCGAAAAAGGUUAUAGAUAUUGCCAUAAAUGUGGGGUAGAAUUUCGUUUACUUGUUUUAAAUUUGAGGGGAAAUCACUUCGAAGGGACAUUUCCUUCCAAAAUUCCAACAGGAUGUUCUUUAAAAAUGGUAGAUUUACAUAACAAUAAGAUUGAAGGGCAGCUUCCCAGGGGACUUUCUAACUGCACGGACUUGGAGAUUUUGGACUUUGGAAGCAACCAAAUAGCUGACACUUUCCCUUCUUGGUUGAGGGUGCUUCCUGAGCUUUCUGUGAUGAUCCUAGGAUCAAACCACUUCUAUGGCACAAUUGAUGAUAUUGCUGGGGUUACCAAAUCUGACGAAUGCUUCCCAAGCUUGCGAAUUAUUGAUCUUGCCUCAAACAAUUUCUCUGGUAGUUGGAGACCAGAAUAUUUCAAGCGAUUAAAAUCGAUGAUGACAAAGUUCAAUACUACCGGACAAAGUAUAUCUGUUGAUCAGUUCUCGGACUUUGUUGGAUUCUAUCAAGAUUCUAUUGAGAUCACAUACAAAGGGUCUUAUAUGACACUUGGAAAAAUCUUGACUACCUUCACAGCCAUUGACUUCUCAAAUAACAGAUUGGAGGGUACCAUUCCUGAAUCAAUUGGAGGACUUGUAUCACUACGUGUGCUGAACAUGUCAAACAAUGCCUUCACAGGAAAAAUUCCUGCUGAACUUGGCAGCAUGACUGAUUUAGAGUCACUAGACCUGUCCUGCAACCAACUCUCAGGGGAGAUUCCACAAGAGCUGACCGAUCUCACCUUUCUCGGCGUCCUGAACUUGUCAAAUAACCGCUUGGUUGGAGAAAUAGCACAGGUGAAUCAGUUCUCGACGUUCAACAGUAGUUCAUUUGAAGGGAAUGCAGGGCUAUGUGGCCCGCCACUGUCUAAAUUACCUUGCGGUGUUACUCCAAAUACUCCAAAUGUAUAUAAGUCCUCUCGUCAUGUUGAUGUGGUCUUGUUUCUCUUGGUCAGCCUGGGCUUUGGCGCCGGAUUUGCAGCUGCUAUUGUGGUGAAAUGGGGUCGGGUCGGCAGAUAAUUUGUUGCAAAUGCCAGAGCUUCGCGAACCUGAAUGCUACUGGAAGGUUAAUCCUUAACUGUACAUCAGUUGUGGACUGCUUCCAUGUAUCUGGCCUUACACAAUAUCUGUACUACGAUUACACACUAUCCGGACUGCUACGCUUGUUGCCUGUUAUUCAGUGUGUAAGUUAACUGUGCUCAAUGGCACUGUCAGUAGCGUGGUGAGUAAGAUCGUGAAAUGAAUUGAAACUUGAUGCUUUUAACAGGCAGAUACACAUAAAGCAAUAUCUUGUGAAGUCGCUGUACAUAUUUGAUAAUGCUCCAAUGCAUAAACUUGAUCAAUGGAUUUUUAGUAGUUUUGUCUGAA